GCACCCCACAGUCCACUCCACAGUCUGCAGCAUCCCAACCCAACGCCUCGCCCACGAAAAGCUGCCGAGCGAGUCGAGACGAGACGAGACGAGCCAUGUCGGCCGCCAGCACCGAGACGAGCGCCCCACCGCUGCCCGCCGCCGCCGCCGGCCGCGUCUUCUUCCAGGCCGCGCCCGGCGUUGGCUGCGCCGGAUCGGCCCCGCUGGUCGUCGGCGGCGGCGGCGGCGGUUCGGACGACCCGGUGCAGAAGCGGCAGGGCAAAGUGACUGUCAAGUACGACCGCAAGGAGCUGAGGAAGCGGCUGGUGCUCGAGGAGUGGAUCAUCGAGCAGCUCAGCGAACUCUACGACUGCGAGGAGGAAGAGAUGCCCGAGGUGGAGAUCGACAUUGACGACCUUUUGGAGGUGAACAGCGAUGACGAGAGAGCCGUCAAACUGCAGGAGUCCUUAAUAGACUGUUACAAACCGACAGAGGAUUUUGUCCGUGAGUUGCUGGGCAGGAUAAGAGGAAUGAGGAAGCUCAGCGCUCCAUCUAAGAAGGGUCUAUAAUGUCAGAGAGCUCGACCUCAUCCGCUUUUGAACCCCCCCCGUCCCCCUCCAGUAACUCAUCCGAACAUAAGUGGCAUCACUUCUGCAAGCAUCCAUGCAUACCACGAGCUCACUGCACAUGCACACACAAUGUCAAGGAUGGCAUCUACAUCAGUGGACUGUUAAAAGGGUUGAUAGCAAACGGCAUCGCCUACUUUUCACAUUUGCUCGUUUCAAGGCCCCCGACAGCCAUAGAGAUGGAAAAUCUCAGCAACAAACAAAAAAAAGGGAGGAGCUAAGUCUGUACUGCUGUAUUUGCUGUGAAAUUAGCCGGAGCACUCUGUAAAGACAGUGCUUCACCAUUUUCUUUUUUUUUCAUUGUCGUUUUUUUCCCGCUGCUCAUAAUCCUUACACUGUAACUGAUUCUUGCUUGCGUAUUCAAUUCAAUACUGUUUAUUGUUUUGCCAUUUAAACUAUGUGGGGACGUUGCCAUUGUUUUGAUGUGCUUUUCACCGCAGCAAGGCAUGAUGGGUAUUGUAGUUCUUAACUACAAACCUGAUGACUGACGGCCUUUCGCUCACGUUACACCCAUUUUUUUUUUUUUUUACACAUAUCAGCUAGCUUUUUAAAUACGACACAGCGGUGAACUCGUUUUUUUUAGCGAUGAGGGCUUGCCUUUAAAGGACUUUCAGGAUGUCGUUUGACUAUUUCUCAGCGCUGAACCUUAACCAUAGGGACGACCUGGAGGCAAUUACUGUAAGUCUGUGGACAACUUGAAAUGUUUACACUUGCCAAAUGUAAAUUAGAAAUGUCAAACGGCAGGACGGGCUAAGAGUCAUCAGGCGGACACGGUACUUUUUAUAGCCACGGGGAAAUGAAGCUUCAAAUUUACUUCAUGAACCAGUUGUAUUUUUUUGACUCCUCCAGGCUGCACUGUUGGUAUAAAUAAAGGGUUUUGAAAAAAUAGCAAGUCGGUUUGCUUGAGAGGAGUCAAAAAAUAGCCGCAGUUUCAAUUGAGAGCCCCUUUCAUAAACAGUCCUGAUUAGAUCGUGAUAGACCAAAUGUGACAAAUCCCCCUUAGCUGCCAAAGACAUACACGCAAGGCGACGGUGGAUUUUUUUUUUUUCCUUUACAACACAAAGUACCCGUCUUGCAUGCUAACAACACUAAGUAAACACUGACAGAGUAUCGAUAUGUCAAGUAUAAUCAAGAAAAUUCGCUUCUUAACUUUAUAGGACUUUUCUUUCGAAUUGACGUGACUGAACACGUCAGAGCGAAUCCAGGAGAACUUAUGAAAAAAUGGUGCUGUUUUUAAAUGUCCUUCCCAGGUAGCGGCUGUAUUUAAAAGAAAUAAAUGUGUGAUGAAAAUGGAUUUGUGUUGGCAGGAGGAGGCGAGCGCCACACUUUUGCUGAGGUCCUAUUAUGAAUUUUUCCUCGACCGAGAAGCGGUUCAGGGGCAAUAGGUUAAUAUUUUAUAAUUUAUGAGGGAGUAUUUUAAAAAUGUCCGCAUAGGAAGCUUUGCAUGUAUUUUUUAAGUAGCAUGUGGGAGCGGAGUAGGCCCAUGGGCACAUUUGUCGGCCCGGAGGUUUUUAAUUCAUACAACACCUUCCUUUUUAUACCUUUUAUUAAGACUUACAAUUUAUUUUUUUUUUUUUAGCUGCUGUUUUCAUUUUUUUCUGUACAUCCACAAUAAGCAAUCUUGUUUUUAAACAAAAAUGUAACGUGUAAAAUGUGUGUGUGGUCUGUUUUUUUUUCUUGCUGACAAUAAAAAUGCAGACAACUGUGCGUGCGCUGUUUUAA